CGUAACAACGCGAUGUGCUGACUGUGCGGCGUUUUUACAUUCAGUGUUGUUGGAGACAUUUUUCAUUUGAAUAGAACAGUAAUUUUGACGGCGACCAUUUUAGGGCAGAUUUGUGCAGACUGAUACUGUCGUCUGCUACAUAACUGCAGCGCAAAAAUGGAUCGCUCUCGUCAGGCUUCGUCUGCUAGUCGGAAGCUCGGGAAAUUACAGCCCGUUCCCGAAAAGUUGCCUAGUGCUAACCCAAAAUUUAAAGGGUCGAUGAUGGUCGCUGAACUACCAGACAAAAAGCACGGUAUGAGUAUAGACCCAAAUCUACUGGUGGGACCAUUGUAUGUGCCGAAGACGUCGGAUUCAACCCGGAUUAAGGAACAACUUUGUGACAUUACAGAAAAAUUACACGAGACCCUGUAUACCUUUGACGAGUUUGAAGAUUUUGAGCACGAGGAUCCCGUGGUUGCCAUGGUGCGCAAACAAAUUGGACAAGUUGAUGACAAAAAUAUUCGGUCCAAUCUUGCAACAUUCAUGAACAAGUAUGAGGACAUGUCCAGUCAGGUGUCCGCAGCCAACAGGGAUCGUGAUGACAUGUUAAUGCAGCUGGCAGAUUGGUUUACUACUGAUCAUGUAGAUUUGGAUGACAUUAAAUCAGCUGUAGAUGAAUCUGAAGAGGAAUUCAUGAAACAAAGUUAUUUCAGCACCAUGACCAACUUUGAAAAGUUAAAGAAGUUACAGUCUCAAAUUUUGUCUAAUGAUAAACAGGGCAUAUCCUCAAAGCAGUUACAGCAGAAGAAGUUUGAGCUGGAAAAGGAUGUUGUUGAUAAAUUCAGAGUCAUGAAAGAUAUGAGUAUACAGACAAUGAAGACAAAAGUAUCAGAUGAUGAACCAUGGAAACACGCUGCCAAUGAGAUUGUUGAAUUGCUGAAAAACGUGCGUGGAGAAAAUGCUGAAGAGCUGGGAAAUAUUUCAAAGAAAAUGAAGACUAUGGUAGAUACACUGGAGAAACAAGCAACGACAAUCAAAAGUUUGACAGCAGAACUGCGGGACAAGAAGGAAGUUGUAAAGAGAUUGACAGAUGAGAAUGGAGACCUGUUUCAAGACGUGAUGCUCCUGAGAAACAGAUACACCAAAUAUGAGAAAGACUUGCAGACAGCUCAGGCGUUGAUUAGUAAACUAAAUGCCCAGAAGCGUGUUGAAGGUGGGAACCAGUUGGAAAUACCAACAGAAACUGGGAAAUCUCUAGUAGAGUCUGUCUCUAAAGUCCUAAUACAGAUAUCUGAACCUAAAACUAGUGCAAAGGAAUUGUGUAGCGAUCCAACCUUACUUAGGUCACAACUCAGAGAAUAUACAGAGGCACUAGAUACUCUUCGAAGUGAAUUUUCUAGAGCUGCAGAUGAUAUUGAUGAACUCAAAGUUGAGCUUCAAGAAAAGAGAGCUUAUAUUGCAAAUAUUGAGGAAGAAAAUGAAAAGUUGCUUAAAGAUGUCAAGAAGCUGAAACAAGAGCGCAGAAAAUCAAUUGCUGCAGGCUUUAUACCACCAGCUGCCGGAGAUGGACAUAAAUGUGACCAUUGCAAGUGCCAUGUCACUGAUAAUGAAUUUGAAGAAGAGAUUGAAUCUUUGAAGAAGGAGGUGGAAAAAUGGCAGGAGAAGUGUAACUAUUUCAAGAAGUGCCUUGCUGAUACUGAAAGGAAACUGAGCGAUGCAUUUAGGGAAAUAUCUGACCUCAGAAUGGACCGAGACACAGCACCUACUCCAACAGUUCAGACUCCAACAGUUCAGAAAACACAGGAGCAACCAGCACAAGAUCUAAAGAAGUCGGAAGCCCCAGCAGAGGACACCGGUACUCCUACUCCACAGAAACUAGCAAAACCUGCUGUAACAAGACCGAAACCCAAAAAGGAUGUCAAACCUAGAUACUUGGACACACCAAGAACUGAGUCCCAGCCACAGCCUUUACCACCAGUUCAGACUGAUGAUAUUAUAGAGCACGUGUCAAACCUUACGCAAAAACAAACCCGAGAACUCAAACUGUACAAGGCUGGUGAUAUUCAGGGCAAGUUGAACAUGCUGACAGUGGAGAUAAUGGAAUUUGUUUCCGAGAUUGGCAGACUGCUGUAUCAAGACAAUGAUGAUGAGAGCAAUAAAGUGCAGACAAAAUCAUUUGAUUUUGAGUCCAAAGCUCCUACAAAGAAAACAAAGGAAGUAAAAGAUUCCAAAGAUGAAGAAGCUAAUCAGAAGAAAAGUAUGGUGUUCUUCUGUGGACAACAGGCUUGUGCUAAACUCAGAGAGGCUUUCGACACUUUAUCAGUGUCACUAAAGAUACAGCACAAUGAGCAUGAGGCCAUAUAUCGCUCGUUCAAAAUCAGUCAACAGCGCAAUCACAUCCGUCGAAUGAUCAUUAUGAGACGUUUGCCAGUAUCUGCCCUCCAGGAGUUUGAUCGGGAACAAAGAAAGAAGAUGAGAGAGCAAGAGUCAAUGGGUGCAGAUAGCCUGCUUCAUGCAUAUUUUAACAUCAGCUAUGGAGGUGGGAGUGUGCCUGGUGUCAAACAUCAUCAAGGCGGACACCAAUUACAUCAUGGAGACUCUUCUAUGACAUCAGUGUUCUCGGACACAGCAGAUGAAUCAGAAGCCAAGCUGAAAAACACAAUGCAUAUGCUUCGUGUACAACGGUCAAGGUCAGAUCUGGAUGUCCGAGACACACCUAACUCCCUGUAUAAUGCUGGUGUAUUUGGCGGAGGCAUGAUGAAGGAGAGAUCUCAGGUCUAUAUGCCUACAAGUCAAGAACACCUGAGUAGAGAAGCUUUAGCAGGGGGUAACAAACAGGAGAUGAAAGUUGGCAUGGCAGUCAUAAACAAGAAGGGCCUUAUCGCCUUGACAACCAAUGAUGUGUCAGAUCAGCUUCCGGAACUCUCAGCAACCGGAGAAGCUCGUAGGGUAAGUCACGAUCAUUGCUCAGGCAAACAGAGAUCAAAAUCUUUGAUAAAGCGUAAAGACUUAAUGGACCAUUACAAAGCGGGGUUCAAAAUUCUCGAAGAUGAGGAGAUGCAAAAGCACCAAGAGGAAGAACUCACAAAAAGUCUUGGAGACUAUACCAUUGUAGACUUGCAAUCUAAAAUCUUAGAAAUGACUGAUGCCAAGUCCCCGCGAAGAAGUCCAUAUAGAGAUGUUCUCACAAGUCCACCGAGUCAAAGGAAAGUCCCGUUACAGAUGAAGUCAGAGAGGACGGUCACCCUACCCGCCAUAAAAAAUUUCAACCCCUUUUAAGUAACCCAAUAUGAUAUUCGUAGCAUAUACUAAAACAUAAACUAGGGGUAACAUGUUUUAUUUGUGAAAUUGGCUCAUCUCGUCAGAUCUAAGGACUAGCUAUGAAAGAGCCAUAUUUGGAGAAAACAUGAUAUUUGAGGUGACAUAAAGUAUAUUGUGUUUAACUACAUGCAAAUUGUUGCCAUAUCAAGUGUUUAUUUUGCCAACAAAAUAGAAUGUCAUUUGAUAUUACUAAGUGCUUUCUGUUAAAAUUUUAUACUAAAUUUUUUAUUUCUAUGUUAUUCCUUAUAACUGACACAGUUUUACACACAAUGGCAUAAAAAGUCUACACAUCAUAUCUUAUACGCACAUUUUGUUUUUUGUUAUUUGUAAGAGUUUAUUUACUGUUAUAAUCAUGCAUUGUGUCUGUUCGUCUGUGAUAAUUCUAGUCGACUUAAUUUUUAUGUCUUUACACCUCUAGUUCAUUGUAGCAGUCACUGUGGAAACUUGUAUAUGCUGGAUAAAGAACAUACAGCUCGAACUUGGAUAAUUAGUACACCACUCUUCGCUCAAACUCAUUGUCAGGUGCCGGCAAAAUUCCUGUAUAACGUAUUUUGACCGAUAGCUCGAACUACGUUAACUUGAAUAAAUUUUGCUUGUCCAGUUGAGUUUGAGCGAAUGAAGUUCAACUGUAUAGUAUAUGGGUUCGCAUUGUUAAAUAAGUGUACACUUUCCAUGUUCAGUUCCCUUUUGUAUCAUAAUCUUGUUCAAAAUUCAAUUUUUGAAAUUUACUAUUUCUCAUGAAGAUUGAAAAGCCCUUUUUUUUCAAAAUCAAGUUUUCUUUUCGUAACUUUAUUAGGCCAUAAUUUCUGUGUUUAUCAUUUUCCAUGUAUUCGUGAAUUUCAAAACAAAUGUGUUAUUUUUACAGUCUUGUUAAUAUCUGCAGGAAUUUUUGGGGCAUUGGGAAAGGGAAAGGCAAACAGUAUUCAGUACCUUUACAUAGUUUAGUCUUUAAAAUUUUACAGUGGAACCCCUCCAGACCAGAACCCUCAAAAACCAAGAACCCUCCAAUCUUUAGGAUUGUCUCAAUGUUCAUUCUAGAGAAAAUAACCAGAAACUGCAAAACCGAACUUUUCCCAUGGUCUCUAUGCUAUUCGUUUUCUAUUUUAAAUCAGUAUUAAAUAAUUCAGACUUGAAAUAUUGUUUGCUUAAAAGCAGUGCAUACAAGGGACACGUGACUCACAUUGUCUCUAAUAUUUUGUGUGAAAAUCAUGUACCAAAGUAGAUGUUAUGUAAUUAAUUUACUGUUGUUAGAAUUGUGAUAAUAAACCAUGCUUCUUACUA